AUGACAAAGAAACGGAAAGGAGGAAAACAUGAAAAUUAUGAAGCUGAACAAAUUGAAGAACUUCCUACAAAAGUUAAUGGGCUUGAAAAGUCACAGGAUAUCUCAAAAGAUGGUUUACUUGCUUCACAACCAUCAACAAAAAAAUGGAAAAAUAUGGCAGUUCGAUCAAUCUGGACAUUUGUCAUGAUAUUCGGGUUUUUUGCCAUUUUGGCUUUAGGAACUUUAUGGGUCAUUCUUCUUGUGUGCGUGAUUCAAACGCUGGUAUAUAAAGAAGUGAUUGCAAUUGCGCACGUACCAAGCAAAGAGAAGAAAUUGCCAUGGUUCAAGACACUUAAUUGGUACUUUUUAAUCAGCACAAAUUACUUCCUUUAUGGAGAAUCGAUAAUUUACUAUUUCAAAGAAAUAGUUUUGGUUGAUGCUUUCCUACUUCCUUUUGCAACACAUCAUCGAUUUAUUUCAUUUACCUUAUAUUGUAUAGGGUUCGUGCUCUUUGUCGGAAAUCUUAAGAGAGGACAUUAUAAAUUUCAAUUCACGCAAUUCGCGUGGACGCAUAUGACACUAUUGAUUGUUUUUUCUAAUUUUAUUAGGUUCAUACUGCCUGUGUCUCUGGUAAUAUGUAAUGACAUCUUUGCAUAUAUGUGUGGAUUUUUCUGGGGUAAAACACCUUUGAUCAAAUUGAGUCCCAAGAAGACAUGGGAAGGAUUCGUAGGUGCCUGGAUUUGCACGAUAAUUUUCGGAUUUUUUUGGUCUUCCUUAUUAAGUCGUUGGGAUUACAUCAUCUGUCCUGCUCAGGAUCUAACAACCACGGCAUUUUCGGGAAAAUUAACGUGUGCUCCCAAUCCAGUGUUUAUUCCUCAGAGAUAUGAUUUAAAUCCUUGGUUAACUAGUUUAUUCAGGCGAAUUACAUUUGCAGAUAUCCGAUCAGUUGGUAUCGCGCCACUCCAGUGGCACGUCUUGGUCAUGGCCUGUUUCGCUUCUCUGAUCGCACCAUUUGGUGGUUUCUUUGCGAGCGGUGUUAAGAGGGCAUUCAAGAUCAAAGAUUUCGGAGAUUCUAUUCCUGGACAUGGAGGUAUCACAGAUCGUAUGGAUUGUCAAUUUCUUAUGGGGUUGUUUUCACACAUGUAUUAUCAAAGUUUUAUCAAGACAUCAUCUUUUACAGUUGGAUCAGUUCUUGAAGCAAUCAUUUCACUUGAUACACCAGAUCAAAUGUAUCUUUAUGAAAAAUUAAAACAAUACUUAAUAAGUCAAGAUUUAUUGAAAGAGGAUCAAGAUUAA